UAUUAAUGAACCAAAGUUCAAUAUUUGGAAGUGUAACUUCACCUAAUCCUGAAUCUUAAAUGAAUCAAGUAAGUAAAUAAAUGAUAAAUUAGCCAUCUUCUUAAUUGACAUAAUCAUAAUAAAUACCAAUACCUCCUAGCAGUGGAUUAUAUAUGUCAACUCCUAUGCCUCCACCAGUUGAUCCACUAUUAAUAAGUCAAUAAAUUUAGUCUUAAAUGAUAUAACCAAAUUCAUCUAUUCCAUAAUAAUAAUUGGAUACUACAUAUGUAAAUUAAAAUCAAAACAAUUAAUUUUAUUAUCCUUAUGUUGAAAGUCAAACGACAGAAUUUUAGAAAGUAACAGGAUACAACAAUGGGUCAUAAAUUAUUUAUUAGCCAAGUUAAUACAAUUAGAGCUCUUAUAAUUAUAAUUAUUAACAAUAAUAAUAACAAUAAUAAUAAUAAUAACAAUAAUAACAAUAAUAAUAAUAUUAAUAAUAAAGUGUAAUUAUUCCUCCUCACCAAAUUGAUUAAUAAUAAAAAAAUAUAUAAGAGUUUUCAUAAUCUUCUAUUAUAAUUUUGAAUAAAUAAGACUCUUUUAGUACUUAGAGUUCCUAAAUAUUAGAGAACUCAAAGAUUAUAUCUAAUUCUAAAAUUAAAGAAAUGGAUAUAAGUUCAACUACUCACAGUAUGAUUGUAAUAGAAGAAAAAACAAAUGAAUUUUUAAUUUAACCUUUUGAUGAAAAGUUGAAAAAGGAGAAAUAAAAAAAUAAAUAAUUGGUAAUUAUUUUCAAUAUCUUUAGGUUAAUUCUAAUUUUUUUAUAAUUUAAAAUAAUAAUACUACUAUUCCUGAAUUUUAAUGUUAAGAAAGGUUAUGUUAAUUACAUAGUAAACCAAUAGAAAAGAUUUGCGCUGAAUAAGAUUGUAAAGAAAAUAAUGAUCUAUUGUUAUGUUAAGAUUGUGCUAGAGACCAUAAAGGACAUAAUCUAUUUGAUAUUCAAGAAGCAUUAUUUCUAAUUCUGAAAAGCUAAAAUAAUUUAAGCUAUGAUGAUGAAGUUAUAGAAACGAUUAAAACGAAGACUUUUUAAUAAUUUAAAAUUCUAAAAUCUAAUAUUACAUGGUAAUUAAAAGAGAUAGAAGAUUAAUUACAAGAGGGAUUUGAUAAAUUUAAAUAAUUUCUUUAAGAAAAAAAGAGUUCCUAUUAAUAAGCUUUUAAUGAUCUUUAAUUUGGAGGUUUAAGCAAGAUGAUUGAAUAAACAAAUUAUCUGUUUGAUUAAGGGUUAUUUUUAGAAGUAAAUUUACAAUCUAAUGAAUCAUAAUACUAAUAAUUAGCAGCAUAAUUAGAUAAAGUAAAAGUAUCUAUGAGUAGAUUUGAAUAAUUGAUUGAAGACAAUAAAUAAGAACAUGUAUAAAUCAAACUAAAUAAUGCAGAAUUAUUGAUUGAAAGCUAAAAAAUAUAAAAUCUCAAUGAUCUCUAUUUCUAAAUAAAAAUUGAUGCUUUAAAAUAGAAAUUUACUAAUAUUCUAGAUUAAGAAUUACUAAUAUUGUAAGAUAAUAAGGCAAUAAGAUUGAAAGGAAAUCUUGAAGAAAUUAAUCUAAAAGAUUAAUAGAACAUUUAAAUUAUUUCAUAUUAACAGAUUUGA